ACUCAAUAUAUAAGUUUCUCUUUUGCUCUAAGCUCAGAAUGCCUUUUUUUGACAGUCAUGGCAUUUGAUCGAUAUUCGGCCAUCUGUAACCCCUUACGUUAUACAUCUAUAAUGGACCUGAAGUGUUGUCUAUCUCUGGCAGCUUUGUCCUGGUCUUUGACCCUGCUGGUAAUAUCUGUGAAAAUCACAAAUGUAUCUCUGUUACAGUUUUGUGGACCUAAUGUUAUUCACCAUUUCUUUUGUGAUCUUUUUCCUCUCUUACAGCUUUCAUGUUCAGACACCUCCAUAUUUCAAAUGCAAAUUACAAUUAUUGUCAUAACAUUGGUCAUUACACCAUUAAUUCUCAUAGUUACAUCAUAUACUUGUAUUAUUUCCUCCAUAUUGAAGAUCCAGUCACUGACCAGGAGACUUAAAGUUUUCUCCACAUGCAGCUCCCACCUGACUGUAGUUUGCAUAUUUUAUGGGACAAUAUGUGGUAUUUACAUACUUCCUAACAAAGGACAAGCAUUCAGUAUCAGUACGGCCUUUUCCCUCUUUUACGCAGUGGUAACUCCCUUAUUAAACCCCAUAUAUGGCGAGGAUCGAGCGGCGCGGGACCAAGCCGACAUCUCGCUACGCACUCCUCUAGCCAACUUACCCGGACUCUCGCGGGAAUUAAAACGUUGUUCCGGCUUUACCUAG